GCAGAGGCUGCUGGGAACGCUGCCGCUCGCACAGGAAGAGCGAGAAGGGUGGAGCGAGGCAUACACACACAGAGACAGAGGUACACACGUACGGAGACGCAGCGAUACAGACGGUGCGAAGUGUUGCAGGUUGAGGACGCCAAAGUGCCCCGGGACGAGUGCGAGGUAUGGCUGAGCUAGCAAGUUUGGUGCAGCGUUUGGAGGUGGCCGUGAGCCGUCUUGAGGCAGUGUCUGGAGCCGGAGUUGCCUCCGCUGGAAGCGGUGCUGGAGCUGUGUUUGUGGAAGCCUACAACAGCCUCCUCUCUGGCCCAGUGGAGGAGUACCUGUCUCUCAGCCAGCAGAUUGGGGGUGAUGUGCAGAAACAGGCAGAGAUGAUGAAACGGGUGUUUUCCUGCCAGAAGCAGUUCCUGAUCACAGCCUCCAGCUCACAGAAGCCAUCUGAUGCUGUGCUAUCUACACUGCUAGCACCACUGUCCAGCGUGAUCCAGCAAGUACAAAGUUUCCGAGAGCAGAACCGCUCCUCCACAUUCUUCAACCACCUGUCUGCUGUCAGCGAGAGUGUCCCUGCCCUUGGCUGGGUCGCCAUAGCGCCGAAGCCUGGUCCCUAUGUGAAGGAGAUGCAGGACGCUGCCAUGUUCUACACCAACCGUGUCCUCAAGGACUACAAGGAAAAGGACAAGAAGCAUGUGGACUGGGUGAAGAGUUACCUCUCCAUCUGGACGGAGCUGCAGAACUACAUCAAGCAGCACCACACCACCGGUCUGUGCUGGAGUAAGACGGGUCCAGUGGCCUCAGGGUCUUCUGCUGCACCUGCCCGUUCUGCUGGAGGUGCUCCUCCCCCUCCUCCAGGGCCCCCACCACCUCAAGUUGAUCUUGACCAAUCACCUGCUGCUGGUGACUCGGGCGCCACCUCCCGCAAUGCCCUGUUUGCCUCCAUCAACAAGGGUUCUGACAUAACCAAGGGGUUGAAGCAUGUGUCUGAUGAUCAGAAGACACACAAGAACCCAGCUCUGAAAACCCAUGGUGGUCCGGUUUGUUCUGGCCCCAAGCCCUUCUCCAUACCCCAGCCUGCAGCAUCGAGUGCCCCAUCUCGCAUGGGCCCCCGCGUCCUGGAGUUGGAAGGCAAAAAGUGGAGAGUGGAGAACCAGGAUGGCGCACAGGGCCUGGUGAUCAGUGACACUGAACUGAAGCAGGUUGUCUAUGCCUUUAAGUGUAACAACAGCACCCUGCAGGUGAAGGGCAAGAUCAACUCCAUCACCAUUGAUAACUGCAAAAAGUUGGGCCUGGUGUUUGAUGAUGUUGUGGGAAUUGUGGAGGUGAUAAACUGCAAGGAUAUCAAGCUUCAGGUGAUGGGCAAGGUGCCCACGAUUUCCAUCAACAAGACAGAUGGGUGCCACGUGUACCUGAGUGCCGCCUCACUAGACUGUGAGAUCGUCAGUGCUAAGAGCUCCGAGAUGAACGUACUUGUGCCUGGCGCGGGUGGAGACUUUACUGAGCUCCCAGUACCAGAGCAAUUCAAAACUGUCUGGGACGGCAAGAAGUUGGUCACCACGGCAACAGAGAUCGCAGGCUAGAAGGGAAGCACGAUAGAGACCACCCCCUUUUUGUGAAGGCCUCCCCGGAUGACCAGCCAACAAACCAAUCACAACACAGACUGAUCCCACACCCCCCCGCCCCCCAACCUAUUUCUAUCAACAGUAGCUGCUUCUUUCUUGAGCCAAUGGGAGGAGUGCUUGCUUUACCCCAAGCAGUCUCUCAGCCAAUCGCAAGAAGCAGCUUUCCAAUAAAUUAAGUCAGCUUUAGUAGUGGCCAACUGUAAACAACCUUUGAUUUGCCAAAACUUUUUUUUUUCUUGUGUGCUUAAGUUUAAUCAUUCUGGUAUGAAAGAAAAGUUGUUUAAAAACAACUGCCAAAACGGUGAAGUCAUUAGCAUGAAUCAGCUUUUUCAUUUGGCCAGUCAGGUAAUGCUUUUGGUUUCUAGUAGCCAAUUGGGGGGCAAGAGGGUGUGGUCAGCAUCCUUUUCUCCUACCUUGGGGGUGGGUCCUAACGAACACGGAGACGUGAUCUCCAUAUAUGCAAUCCAACUGUAAAGCACAUGUGCUAUAAUUUGUCAGCGCUUUCCUCUCUGCGUACAGCUAUGGUAACAAUGAUACCGUUAGUAGAUACAAUUCCAUGGAUGUGUUAUCAUUCUCAGUUUAGGAUAAAUUUAAAAAAAGUUAUGUGCAGGUUCACUUUUUUAAAUCAUUCUUAAAAUCCUGAUGCAGAAAAUUUAGGAGAAAAAACACACCCAAAGUGUAUGUUCAUUCCACAUGGCACUGACUCUUUCGUACAUUCCGUGUUUCUGCCCAGUCAGUGUUCCCUGUGUCGGCCCAGCACUGAGCGCUUUUAUGGGAAUUGAUGCGUGUCCUUUGGGACCAGGAGGGAAGAGCUGACUCUCUUGUGUUUGGGCGGUUCCAUGGAUCAGUUAGUGCUGCUUGUGCUUCGCUUCACUUCUCUAAACGAUGCCCCUUCCGCUACUACGUGUGUGUCUGUGCUUGGAACGGGGACAGACAGCUACGCCCAGUCGUGGUCUACAGGGUCUUGACGGUUUUAUAGUAUUCUUCAUAAACCCCUGUUGGUAAACCAGUCUAACCGUGUCUGAACUAUGGCAGAAUGGGAUCAGCUGCACGUACGUAGCGCUCUUAAGCUGCCUGUCUCUGAGGACGUUCCCUCCCUCUUCCCGAACACACCCUGUUCACCUGUCUCUCCGGGGGAACCUUGUCUCUCUUCUGGAAGUUCUUUUGUAUGAAGUUUCAGUUCACUUUUUUCUUUUUCUGCUGCCUCCUUACUGGGGUCAAGGAUUGAAUUGCUAAUCAUGGGUACUUGAGGAAGACAUUAAUAAAUGCAAUAAAAAGAACUACUAGA